AUGAUGUGGACAUCAAACUCAAACUUAGACCAUGUACUUGGGCAGAUCAUCGAACAAUACCAUAAACCAUACAAAGAUAAACCAAGCAUAGCCGAGGUUAGAGAUGCACCAAUGACACGUUCACGGACAAGAAAGCUCAAGGAAAGGUUCAACAAGGCUGUAGAGAUUCUUUUAAACACCAUGGGAUUUGGAUACAUGCCAAGAAACACUCAAGGAUCUGAAAGCUUACAAGAGAGCUCGAGUGCACCCGAUUUGGACCUAAUGGAGGACUUUGCACAUCUCAGCAUCAAGGAAGAAAUUCCUGCUAUAAACCAAGGUAAAUAUAUUUACUUGGCAGGUCAAGGAGCUCAUAACAUCAAGAAACUCCCAGAGAUCACUUCAGAACUGCAAGUUACCCACAAAACAAGCCAUGGAGCUACUAAAGAGAAAAUGGAACAAAAAGACGAAUUGAAGGCUAAUCAAGUGGAGGAAUAA